UCAUUCAUUUGUCAUUUCAAAAACACCACAAUCAUCCUUGCAAGCAAUUUUGUGUGAAUUUUGUAUUGUUCUUUAAUAAUUCGAAUUAACAAUUAAAUAAACCAUUCUUCAACGAUGUCCCGGGGAAGUAGUGCUGGUUUUGAUCGUCACAUCACUAUAUUCUCACCAGAAGGUCGCUUAUACCAGGUAGAAUAUGCUUUUAAGGCGAUAAACCAAGCCGGUCUUACUUCGGUAGCAGUCAAAGGGGUUGAUACAGCAGUUUGUGUGACCCAAAGAAAAGUCCCUGAUAAGCUUAUUGAUGCCAAAACCAUAACACAUUUAUAUCAGCUAACAGAUAAUGUUGGAUGUGUUAUGACUGGAAUGCUAGCAGACAGCAAAUCUCAAGUGCAGAGGGCCAGAUAUGAAGCUGCCAAUUUCAAAUACAAGAACGCAUAUGAAAUGCCCAUUGAUGCAUUGUGCAGAAGAGUAGCUGAUAUGUCCCAAGUUUACACCCAAAACGCUGAAAUGCGUCCCCUAGGUUGUUCCAUGGUUCUCAUUGGCUAUGAUGAGGAGAUGGGUCCUUGCAUCUACAAAACUGAUCCUGCAGGCUAUUAUUGCGGCUACCGUGCUGUGGCGGUUGGUGCUAAGCAAACUGAAGCAAACAGCUUCUUGGAGAAGAAACUGAAAAAGAAGCAAGAUUUGCAAGAAGAUGAUGUUAUCCAAUUGGCCAUCAGCUGUCUGUCUAGUGUGUUGGCUGUGGACUUUAAGCCUAGUGAUAUAGAGGUUGCAGCUGUGUCUAUUAGAAAGCCCAAAUUCACUGUCCUAACUGAACAAGAGAUUGACAGACAUCUUACUGCUAUUGCUGAAAAGGAUUGAAUGUUUGUUUUCAUUUAAGUUUUUAUGUUCUUUUUACUGGAAUUCGGUAUUCAUAAUAUAACAAAAUAUACUUAAAAGUAAUUUUUUUUUGUAGUUUUGUAUUGUCUUUAAUUUAUGGGAAGCAACUUCAGAAUCCUAUACAAUGUUUCCAAG